CUCUGACCACCAAUGUUCCAUUCCAUGCUAAUUAAGCAACAUCUUCUUAUACAUUAUUAUACAAACACUUUAUUGAUUAAAGCUUAUAGCUCUUUCAAAGAUUAAAAAAAAAUGAAGAAAGCUACGGCACUGAUGAAACGUGUCGUUGCGUUGUUGAGCUCCGUUGCAAAGGCUAAAUCUAUAGCGGUAAAGAACAAAACAAGUGCCUUCAAAACAAGACUCGUGGUGUUGUCUCUCGUGAAACACAAGAAGCUCGGGUUCCGUUCCAUUUCCAACAAAAUCCACAACCUCCUAGGCCAUUCUGAUGAUCAAGACCAUGAUCAAGACAGAGACGAGAGCAAGGCUAUAGUGCUUUACAACACUGGGGCAUCCACAAAGGCUCAUCAUGAGAGUUACGACGUACUAGAGGAGGAAAACGACAAGUAUCCAGAUCUUAGGCACACGUUGUUCGAAGGAGAUGAUGAUUUUGGGGAGUUGGAGGAAGGUUCGGUGAUAGAUAUGGUGAAGAACUCGAAGGAAGAGGAAGGAGAGAGUUUCAAGCUAGAAGACGAGAUCGACCAUGUCGCAGACCUCUUCAUUUCAAGGUUUCAUAAGCAGAUGAAGCUUCAAAAACUCUUGUCCUUCAAAAGGUAUCAAGAUAUGCUAGCCCGAGGCACAUAAACUCAUAUCCAUGUGUACACAUGUUGGCAUAGAUAUGAAUAAUAGAUUCAUAUUACGAUCUUUGCUAACAUUUAUAUUUUGUGUUGUCGAUCAUUAAGCCUUUGAUCAUCGUAUUUUCUAGGAUCAAAAGUACUAUGAUCUUUUUAAUGUAUUUCAAUUACUGUAUCAAGUUGGGUUGAAGGAAGGAUCAGCUUUCCUAUAUUGUGUGUUUCCAAUUUGUUAUUUUCCAAUAAUAAUUGAGAAAUCAUGACUUUCAUAUC